AUGCCUACCCUGGACGAGAUCUUAGCCGGCUCCGCCUCGGUCCCACGUGAUGAGAAGUCAGUCACCUCCCCGACAGUCUCGGAUCGCGAAGUUGAUGACGUGACAUCGGUCCCGCCUCCUCAACCGGCUGCGCUAACUAUUGAAUCCGCUGGAGUCGCUACGGGAAGCAACGUCCCGACAUCUGCCGAGCUUGCCCUGGAGGCCUUCCUCGAGGAAAGAAGAGAUGCUGUCAGCCGCUUCCAGCCGCAGCCAUACCGUCCUCCCAGCCCAUCCGCUCAAGUUCCAGUCAUCCAGGCCUCCGAAACUCCACUGUCUCUGCCCCAGGAUGUCGCCCAAAACUCGGUCACUCUCCUAGACCCGACCGGCGACGAAGACAACUACAACUCUGCCCCUCCCCAGGGCCGUAAUGGUGACUGCCUAAACCUCCACCUACCGUUCGUCCAUGAGUUGUCAUGCUGUGAGAGGGGCUGUACCCGCAGCUUUUACUCCCCGUCUUGGACUACAAUCAGAAGAUCGUUAAUACGUCAUUUGUCCUUAGACCACGAUAUCGAGAUCGCCUCUACUGCCAUCUGGUGCUCGUUUUGCCACGCAAGGACUACAGACAGACCCUCAAGCCAUUCCUGCCUGGCUGAUCUCCCUUUGGUAGUACCGCCUGCUGUUGACCACCCCUUUAAGUGCGGAGAAUGCAAUUUCUCAACGACGUCGAAGCGUGGGUUGCGAAACCAUUUGAAUAACCACCGGAGGAAAAGAGCCAAGGAUGCCGCGCCGGCCCUGUCAGUCGCAAAUUCUUCUCAGCCGCGAACAACCAGGACUCUCCCUUCCACUGUUCCUGCCGAUUCGUCGAACUCUGCGCCCUCCGCCCCUGCCGUUCCGAUGGACUCUGCUCCCCCCGUGGAAGAAUCUUCUCUGCCAUCGCCUCCCACCCCGCAUGCUACAGAGGAAGAUUUCCAGUCAGGCCAAGCUCUGGAGCCUGCCAGUCCUGUUCCCGCCACCCAUUCUCAAGCCGCCCCUUCCAGCCUCACCUCGACGGAAAGCGUCAGCUCUCAGUUCCCCCCCUCAAGCGGUAGUGAAGGUCUUGAAGACGUCUUCGAUGCUCCGUCCAGUGCGACUAAUUCCGAAGUCUCGACCUCCCAACGCCCUGACCAUGACGUCCAGGUUGACGACUCACCACUAGGAGAAUUCCUCCCGGUCCUAUCUUCACUGCGUGAGCGGCCCUCUGCCUCCUCCUUCCAGGAGUUCUCGGAUGUCAUGGAGCGGAUUGUAGAAAAGGUGCAAGUCCUCGUGAAGCUUCCAGCUCCGUCUACCUCCUCCAGUAGCCAGCGUCGUCGCCCUGAUGUUGAAGACGCAAGAUCUCUCCAAAAGCUCUACCGGAGAAACCGUCGUCGUGCUAUCCGGCUCAUCACGCAAGGCGAAGGGAACACUUGCUCCAUUCCCCCUGAUGUCCUGGUAAAGUUUUAUGAGGAAAACUGGUCGCCCCGUGAGUGUGACGAGAGCUUCUUUCCUUCGUCCAAUUCCUUCUCUGAAGAUCCCUUGUCCGACCUGUUCGCUGUGGCAGAAGUGAAAAAGGCUCUGAGGAAUGCGGAGAACUCUGCGCCAGGUCCAGAUCGCCUAACGUACCAACACUGGAAGAGUGCUGACCCAGACGCAGUCGUCCUGACUGAGAUCUUCAACACCUGCCUUCGUCUCGGCCGGAUCCCGACGUGCUGGAAGGAUUCUACAACCAUUCUUAUCCCUAAAGGUGGAGAUGCCGCAGACCCGCGGAACUGGAGGCCUAUAGCCCUGUCCCAGACAUCGUACAAGUUGUUCACUAAGUGCAUCACGGCUCGCCUGACCUCCUGGUGCGCCUCGAAUGAAGUCCUUUCGCCGUGCCAAAAAGGUUUCACCCCCCAUGACGGGGUCCUUGAUCACAACUUUGUUCUGGAAAGUAGUCUGUCAAGGGCACGUAGGGCAAAGUCUGAACUUUGCGUGGCUUGGUUGGAUGUGUCCAACGCGUUCGGCUCCCUAUCCCACAAUGCCAUCUUCAAAGCAGUUGAAGCAAGCGGCGCUGGGCCUACUCUCUUGCGUCUGGUGAAGGACAUCUACUCCGACUGCUCAACGAGAUUCCUCUCUACUGAAGGCGUGACUGAUGCCGUGCGGAUUUCCGCGGGGGUUAAACAGGGCUGUCCCCUCAGCGGCAUGCUCUUCAACCUUGCCCUGGACCCAGCCAUCCGUCGGAUUCAAGGUGAUUGCAGCUCCCACCGCAUUUUGGCCUUUGCCGAUGAUCUGGUUCUGCUGGAUGAGGAUCCUGCCCGUCUACAAGCUUCACUCUCGUCGCUUAGUGAGGACCUGAAGAAGAUUGGCCUCCAACUCAGCGUGGGCAAGUCAGCGACCUUGCACUUCUCUGGUGCUACGCCUGUCGGUGCGAGGGCAACUGCCUUUAAACUGGACAACCAGCCUAUCAGGAGCCUUAAGGAAAGCGAUUUCCAGCAUUUUUUGGGGAAACCCGUUGGUUUCAACUUGGUGCCGGACUUUUCCUCCCUCAACGAAGCCAUCAACAUCGGCCAGAAAAUCUGCUCCUCCAAGCUUGCCCCUUGGCAGCGCAUCGACGCCAUGAAAUCCUUCUUCUUCCCGUCCUUGCAGUUUGCCAUGAGAAUGGGCACGUUCCCAAAAGAAGCCUGGACCAAGAUCGACCAGCACUUCAGGAAACCCCUCAAGGACACCCUCAGCCUCCCGUCCCGGGCCUCCAAUGAUUACCUGUAUGGCCACAGGAAGUCUGGCUGUCUAGGAAUCCCCCUACUCGCCGAGGACUCGGACUUGCAUCUGGUAGAUUCGGCAUUUAAAUUGCUGACCUCCCUCGACUCUGCCGUUGCCGACCUUGCGCUCCAGGACCUGAAGGAUGCCGUCCAAAAAAGAGCCCGUUCUCCUCCAACCCUUGAGCUCCUUGGAGAAUACCUUUCAGGUUCAAUGGAUGGUCCUUUCCGGAAAACGUCUAACGACGUCUCGAACCUCUGGGCAAGGACUCGCUGUGCAUCGCGUCGCAUCGGAAUCACCUGGUCGUUCCCAGAUGGAGUUCCAGAGAUCACUUUCCGUGGAUCAACCUUGAGGAAGCUUGACCGCAGAAGGGUCCUCAAAGUCACCAGAGAUAUGACCCGCAAGGAACAUGCAGCGAAGCUUCUCGCCUGUCCCAACCAGGGUAAAGUUCUGGAGUGUGUGGCCGCAUCUCCAGCCAGCUCCCACUUCUUCCCCAAUGGAGCCUACACCAGGUUCGCGGAUUGGAGAUUUGUCCACCGUGCCCGGCUGAACCUGCUGCCCUUAAAUGCUGCAAAGCCAUGGAAGCGAGGAGCUGACUCCGGCUGCAGAAGGUGCCCUGGGACUCAGGAAACACUUCCGCACGUCCUGGAGCACUGCAUGAGGAACAGCGCGGCCUACCAAAGGAGACACAACGCCAUCGUCGACCGCAUCAAGAAGGCUGCCGCCACAAGAUUCACCAUCCUUGGCGAGAACCAGCAAGUGGACCCCUCCAAUCUUCGCCCGGACCUGGUCCUUCAGAAGGGCUCGACCGUUCUCAUCUUAGAUGUCACCAUCCCUUUCGAGAAUCGUCUUGCAGCUUUUGAAACUGCCCGUCAAGCCAAGCUCCAGAAGUACCAGCCCACAGCGGAAUUUUUCAAGUCUUCUUUUGCCAAUGUGCAAAUUGUUCCCGUCCUUGUCGGCGCACUGGGUACUUGGGACCCCAAAAACGACAAGUGCCUCCAAUCGCUGUGUUCUCGGUCCUACCUCAAGUUAAUGAGGAAACUCUGUGUCAGUGACACAAUCUCGUGGUCACGUGACAUCUACACGGAACACAUCACUAACGUCCGCCAGUACGGAUCUGCCGCUGCCGCUGUCACCACCGCUGCCGCUUAG